AUGCCUUUGGCUAUUGAUGUUGGCCAACGUGUACUUGUUUAUAAUCCUUCACAUGGAUGGACAGUGGCAUAUUUCGUUCGAGCGCAACAAACAAAUGACAAUAAACUUCAAAUAUUAACAUGUCGAUUGUCGAAUUGUCAUCAUAAACCAACAUCUCAAGAUCAUUACCGUUAUCCGCCGGAACGUGUUGCCUUGAAUGAUAGUAUAGGGGAAAAUGUUAAUGUUGGUACACGAGUACUUUGUAUGCCAAGUGGCGAUGCUGAUACCUCGAGGUAUAUUGAUAAACCCUUACGUGGUAUCAUAGCUGAACAACCAUCAAAUAAUAAUAAUCAACGCUAUUUGAUAUUUGCUGAUAGUGAUGCACCCUUUUAUUUACGUUCGACUGCUAUUCGAUUAUUACUUGAACCAUUAUCAAAUUAUUUAUCUAAGGUUGAUUCAGGUACAAAACAAUACAUAGAAAAUUAUGUUUUAACAUAUCCAAAACGACGUCUUGUUAACGUAGCGGUUAAAGAUCAUAUUAAUAUUGAAUUAAACGGGCAAUGGGUCGAUGCAAUCGUAUCAAAAGUUGAUGCCAGCCUUAUGCGUGUAUUUUUACCCGUAAUAAAUAAACACGAAUGGCUUUAUCGUGGUUCAUUACGUCUUCAACCGUUAUUUAAUUCACCAUCAACCUAUGAACCACCAUGCAAACGUUUUGCUUCCGAUAAACAGCCAACAACGAAUGAUAGUAAAUGUUGUCAUUUUCUUUUGAUACCAUUAAAUCAUGGAUGGAAACGUCAAAUACGUAAUGACCUUGGUACUAUUGUGUAUGCAUCACCUUGUGGACAAAUGUUUACUGAUGGUGAACGUUUACAUGCAUAUCUCUAUCAAACGAAUUCAUCGUUAUCAAUUCGACAGUUUACGUUUGACAUGAACUGUCGGGUUACACAAAAAUUUCUUUCAUCGACUACAGUCUAUGUUAAUCUGGACGAUUAUGCAUUAGGAAAAGAUAAAGUACCAUUAAUGCUUAUUAAUGAAAUUGAUUCAUCAUUACCAAAACCAUUCGAAUAUACAACUGAAAGAAUACCAUUGACAUCGGAUAUAGUCAUUGACCAAACGAAUACACAUGGUUGUACAUGUACAGAUGGAUGUUUAGAUACAACAAAAUGUGCUUGUUGGCAAAAAAUAUACGAUGGUAUCAUUCAAUCACAUUACUAUGAAGACCUCAUUGGUUCAUUAAAAGAAUUAUUCGGACAAUCGACUGAUGAGGACGAUGAUCGACAUAAUAAUUUGGAUGAAAUGAGAUUCUUUCUCUAUGAUGCAUUAUCAAAAAGAAAUCUUGGUUAUAGACAUGGACGAUUACUUGAAAAAAUUCAUUCAGGUAUAUAUGAAUGUAAUGGUAAAUGUAAAUGUGAUUCACGAUGUACAAAUCGAUGCGUGCAAUUCGGUUUAAAUACUCUUCUACAAAUUUAUCAUACAUCAGAAAAAGGUUGGGGUGUACGAACAUUAUACGAUCUACCAGCGGGUACUUUCUUGAGUUUCUAUUCUGGAGAAAUACUCAACGAUGCAGAUGCUAAUCGACGUGGUUUAGAAAAAACUAUGGGUGAUGUUUAUUUUACUGCAUUAGAUUUUCUUACAUCACUUAAACCAAUACCGUUACAGAGAAAAUUAAAAGCGAUAACCCAGAAAGAUCAAUCUAAUGAUGAAACAAAUUUCUACCAUGACAAUCAACAACAAUUAUUUUCUGAUCAAAUAUCAGAAAUACAACGUAAUGAAAAUAAUCACACAUCUAUUGAAGAUAAAACUACCUUAUCAGAUAGUAAUAAAGCAUUACUUGAUCAUCAACUAGCCAACUAUGAUUCAGGCAUAUAUGUUAUGGAUGCGCAUUACAAAGGAAACGUUUCACGGUUCUAUAAUCAUUCAUGUUCACCAAAUGUUUUUGUUCAAAAUGUAUUUAUUGAAACGUGGGAUGUACGUUUUCCUUGGGUAGCAUUUUUUACAGCAACUAACGUUAAAGCUGGCACUGAACUAGUAUGGGAUUAUUCGUAUGAAGUGGAUACAGUGGAGAAUCGGGUGUUACAUUGUCGUUGUGGUUCGGAUGAAUGUCGCCAUCGGUUACUUUAA